CAUUCCCAACGAGCGUUGCAGGGGAGAAAACGUGUGUGUGCGGUGUGUGUGUGUGUGUGUUUGAUAUACAGCAAAAAGAAAGUGUGUGUGUGUGAAACCAUUAGAAGAGCCUUUAACACACACUCUGCUCUCCGGGCUUCGGUGCAGCUGCCGGACAGAAAAGCUGCCUUCAGUGUUCGAGGUGGAAACUUCUCAGCUGAAGAAGAACAAGAAGAAGAGGAGAAAAUUUGUUCAGAUUGCCCGGUGUGAUCUGUUUUGUUUCUGUCAGAGGGGAGACAAGAAGAAGAAGAAGAAGAAGAAGAAGAAGAAGGAGAAUUAGAGGUAGUAGAAGAAGACAAGAGGUCAACAUGUCCAACACUCUGCUGAGGAGAAACUCCAGCAAACAGGGUUUACAGAACCUGAUCAGGCUGACGGCUCAGAGGAGCAUCGAGGACGCCGAGGAGGCGGAGAGGGAGCGUCGCCGAAGAGCCCGAGAGGCUUCAUGCCGGAGGAACAGCGGCUCGACACCCGGAGAGUCGUCGCCGGAGAACGGGACGCCAACAGAGGAGAACAUGUACGACAGCGACCUGAAGCCGAGCGGCUCUCCGUCUCUGGAGGAGGACGAAGGCUUCAGCGACUGGACUCAGCGCAGAGAGAGACGGAGGCAGCAGCGCCUGCAGGAGCUCAGCCAGGGCGGCGAGGAGGACGAGGACGAAGAGGAGGACACGAUAAACAAAGCUGCGCCCGCCAAGACCGUCCAGGCCUCCGUCACGUCCUCCAGCCGACUCGUGAGACAGGAGCGGCAGGGGACGGACAGGGCCAGGAUGGAGGUGGACAGAAAGAGGGAACGUGAGGAGGAGACGGUUCGAGCCGAGAGGGCGAAGAGGGAGGAAGAGGAGAAGAGGAAGAGGGAGGAGGUGAUGACCAAGAGGAGGGGGGAGAUUCAAAGGCCAAAAACAGAGGUGGAGAAAGUCAAAGUCUCCUACACGUCGAAGGUUUUCCUUCACCAGGAGCCGAAACACAGCAACGCCAACGGAGACGCAACCAGUGAGGAAGCGACGUCAUACAUCAACAAGACAAAGAGAUCCACCAGCAGAGCCACGGAGCCGGAGGAGGCGGAGGCCAUCCUGGAGACGGAGCAGCGUCUGGAGAAGAUCCGACGGGGCCUCCAGGUGAAGGAGAGCCAGGAGCUGGAGCAGCUGAGGCACCGACAGGCCGAGGCCGAGCAGGAGCUGGAGGAGCUGAAGAGGAGGAGGGAGGAGAGACGCCGGGUCCGGGGGGAAGAGGAGCGCCGGAGGGAGGAGGAGGAGCAGCAGCGGCUGGCCAGAGAGGAGGAGGAGAGGAGACGGAUGAAGGAAGACAUCGAGAGGAGGAGGAUGGAGGCAGCAGAGAGGAUGAAGAGCCUGAGCACGUCCAGCGUGGAUGGAGACGAGAUGUUCAGUCCCAUCAGUCCCAAAGCUCCCACACACAAGAUCACUGAGAGAACAGAGUCCCUGAACCGCUCGCUGAAGAAAAGUAACAGCUUCAAGAAGACGCAGCCUCUCGUCCUGACGUCCAAGAUCGACGACAAGCUGGAGCAGUACGCCCACGCUGUGGAGAACUCCCAGGAGGCCCGGGCAGUGAAGGCAUCGCUGUCCGACCUGCCCAGCUCACCUGAGGUCGUCGCCUCCAAGAAGAACCUGUUUGAGGCCGGAGAGGCCUGGACCCAGAGUCCCACUAAAGGAGCGACCUGCAAGGACGCUGAUGGUCUGAAGGUGGGCGUGGCCAGCCUGAUCACCCAGUGGGUAAAAGGCCCGUCUGACGGCAGCAGACAGUCGCCCUGCAGAGCAGCAGAUGUGAAGCCUGGAGACGUGAUGCAGAAGAAGAACAUGUGGGAGAUCAUCGGAGACUCGUCAGGGAGGCCGGGACAAAGAGCCAAGGGCUCGGCAGCCGGGAAAAAGUACAAGUUUGUCGUCACCGGUCACGGCAAGUACGAGAAGAUCCCUGUGGACGACGAGAACGGAGAAGAGUUCACCAACGGAAAGUCCGAUUUAUAUCAUCGUGAUUACUGAGCAGGUGUUCUCUCUUCAGGUGGUUCCACCUUUAUCUCACAAAAAACACCCGCUGACUAUAAAGAUCGAACAGAAGCAGCUCUGCAACAGUUACAGUCUCAUUAUUUCAUCAAUAUCCAAUAAAUCACCUUUUCUGUCUCUCAGUUCGUACAAACUCUGCAGCUCAAAUCCAAAAGAAUCUGAUCAUCAAAUGCUUGUUUUUGUAUCUUCUGACAUUCCCUUUCUAUUAUGAUGUAUAUAUAUCUGACUAUGAGCUUUACUGUGUCUGUUUUCUGUUUAGACUAAUCAUUCCUAAUGACUGCCCCUUGUAUGAUGUUGUAGAGGGAAAUUUAAAAGUCUUUUGAAUAGAAAAAGUUUACAUUUUCCAAUCAGGUAGAAUUGAAAGAUCACACAGUGUUAUAUGGCAUCUAUUCUACACUUCCACUUCAGGUAAAGAACAAUCUGAAACAUCAAUAUCAUGUAGACACCUGAUCUGUACAAUCAAACUCUACUUCCUGUUUAUGUUGUAGUUUAACCCACUGGUUCCUUCAGCUCUGUCUCUGGACUGCUACAGACAUUUUCCACCUUCAAUGUCCAUUUACUGAGAUUCCUGCUUGUACGUGUUUGUAACCUCUUUUCUUAAAUAAAUUAAAAAUAAUUUUCUACUUCA